UUUUGACAUAUCCAAUACUGUUUUCCUAUUUCCAGUCACCAAGCUUGAGCAUCGGAAGAAAGGCCGACGCGGAUGUGGGCAGCCUGAUCGGAGAGAGAACGGGCCUCUCGUUCCUCGUCGGCAACAUGCUCUUCUUCCUCACCAGCAGCUCCAUCGUGGCCGGCCUCGGACUCGGAUUCCUCACCAGGAACACCGAAGGCACGUGGACGCGCCGGCACGUCUCGUACAUGGCGUUUCCGGGCGAGAUCUUCCUGCGGCUGGCCGGCGUGGUGGUGAUCCCGCUGCUGACGAGCAUGCUGGUGGCCAGCAUUGCCACGGCGGGGCUGGCGGCCGCGCGCCGUGUGGGCCUCCUGGCGUUCGCCUUCUACGUCGUCAGCAAGGCGAUGGCCAUGGCCGUCGCCUACGCGCUCGCCGUCUCCCUGGACCCGGGAAGCCCUACGCGCCGCGUCGACGUGAGCGACGCGCGGCCCACCCGCGGCAGGACGCACUACGUAAACAUAGUCCUGGACAUCUGCAGAAACGCGGUGCCGGGAAAUUUAAUGGAAGCGCUUAUAUUCACCCCGUACACUGUCGUCGAGGUGAACAGCACGGGAAAAGAAACCAACAUCAGCUUGGAGGGCCAAACGCCUGUGAUACGACGCACUAGCGUCCCGAACUACGUGGGCAUGACCGUCAUCAGCGUGCUACUGGGCGCAGUCCUGGCCAUCCUCGGUGAGAGCAGCCGCGGAUUCAUCGAGCUAUUCGUGGCCGUCAACGACGUCAUGCUUAACCUCGGACAGCUCAUCAUGUGGUACUUCCCCAUCGGCAUCUGCUUCCUGCUGACGUCUCAGACGCUGCGCUCCCAUGAGUUCGUGUCCGAGACGCGCCAGCUCGAGACCUACUUUCUCAGCCUCGUCCUGGCGUUGGCCAUUCACGGCAUGCUGACACUUCCGGCGCUGCUGGUUCUGUUCAGCCGCACGCACUACCGGAGCCUCUUCUCAAACAUCGGGCUCACUCUGGUCACUGCCUUCGGGACAAGUUCCAGCAAUAUGACGCUGACCAGUACGGUGUCAUCUCUGGAAGGCAAAGUGGGCCUCCACCCGACGGUCGUGCGACUCGUCGCACCGUUGGGGGCCACGUUCAACAAGGACGGUACGGCCAUUUACAUGGCCAUCAAUACCGUAUUCUUGGCACAGCGAAGCGGGUACCAUAUCACCUUCUUCGACGUUCUCGCCACAAGCGCCGUGACCGUGGUCAUGAGCAGCGCCACGGCAGCCAUUCCCGGCCAGAACGAGACGUGCAUCAUUCUCUCGACGCGGCUCCUGGGUCUUUCUUCGCAAAGCGUCGGCGUUCUCGUGCUCAGCGACUGGAUCACAGACCGACUGGCGACUGUGGUGAACGUGUUGGGAGACGCGGUAUGCUGCUGCAUCAUAGACGAACGAUGCAAGAACGUUCUACCUGGGACCAGCGAAAAUAUAGCACAGUCCCCACCAAGAUCUCUCGACACGAGAGGGCCGGCAGUUCGCCCUGACUGAAGGGCCGUAUGCUAUGCCCGCAGGUGGCCCCCGUAAUCGACUCACAACGGAAUGAAGAAAAUAUGACAAGAAGCACGCUUAAUGGAUCUUUUGUUUUAUGUUUACAUUAAAGAAUAAACGC